GUCCCCCGCCCCCUCUUUCCCACAGUACCCAUAAGUCUUGUCACCUGACCUAAACUGACCAAUGACGAUCCAAUAUUUCCAUCCUCCUCCUUCCCUCUCUCUCUGUUUACCUCCAGCCGCCAUUUCUAUUAACUCUUCAACCGUGACCGCUGUCAUUAAUUAAUGUCUGCUAAUUGAGACAGACGAAGAUCUUUUUCUCUUCCGUAGAUUUACCCCAAAAUACCAAAUGAUUGGAAUCAACCAGUAUUGUUUUGGACACAUUGUCACUUUUUAAAGCCAGAUAUUGUAUGAAAACACAAGUGUCUGCCUGUUUCUAUAGAUCUAUAUUUGGAAUUACAAUGAAGUAUUUGCUUUGACCAAGUUAAUUAUGUUUGAUUAAAAUCGCAGUCGAUGGAAAUAGAGGAAGGGAAAUAUUUGUUAUGGAUUAAAUAUAAAGCCAGGUAAAGCAAGAACAACAAAACACCUGUGUGUUGUGGUGAGAGAGAGACACGGAGAAAAGAAUAUGGAAAAUGAUUUGUGUGAGGAGAAAAUUAAAUGUGAACAAGAAUGGAAUUGGGUGGAAUUACAUAAUGAGAUGCCAGAGGACGCAGAAGAAACUUCAUACACAGAUCUAACUACACACAAACAGACUCAUACGGGAGAGAAACCAUAUCACUGUGAUAUUUGUGGUAAAUCAUUUUUUGAAAGAAGUUCUUUGAAUACUCAUGCGUGCGUCAGUACAGAAAAGAGAUCAUAUCAGUGUGAUAUCUGUGGUAAACCAUUCUCUACGGCAAGUCAUUUAACUACACACAAGCGGACUCAUACAGGAGAGAGACCCUACCCAUGUGAUAUCUGUGGCAAAGCAUUCUCGAAAACUAGCCACUUGAGUAGACACAAAUAUAUUCAUACAGGAGAGAAACCAUACGAGUGUGAUAUCUGUGGUAAAUUAUUUACGGUGAUAAGUAACUUGAGUAGACAUAAGCGCAUUCAUACGGGAGAGAAACCACAUCACUGUGACAUCUGUGGUAAAUUGUUUUCUGAAAGAGGUAACUUAACGAGACACAAACGUAUUCACACGGGAGAAAAACCAUAUUUUUGUGAUAUCUGUGGUAAGUCAUUUACCUUAGAUAGUGACCUGACAAGACACAAACGCAUUCACACUGGGGAGAAACCAUAUUUCUGUGACAUCUGUGGUAAAUCGUUCUCUCGAAAUGAUGACUUAGUUAUUCACAAACGUAUUCAUACUGGACAGAAGCCAUUUCACUGUGAUACUUGUGGAAAAUCAUUCUCUGAAAGAGGUAGAUUAACUAAACACAAACGUAUUCAUACAGGGGAGAAGCCAUAUUAUUGUGAUAUCUGUGGUGUAUCAUUCUCUGAGACUAGUUCCCUUAAUAAGCACAGGCUUGUUCACUCUGAUAUCGAUGGUAAAUCAUUCUCUCAAAACGAAGACUUAAUGUCACGUGCGUUCAUUCAUUCGAGAGAAAGACCAUACCACUGUGAUAUCUGUGGUAAAUCGUUUGCAAAGCUCAGUUACAUAGCUACACACAAACGCGUUCAUACAGGAGAGAAACCACACCACUGUGAUAUUUGUGGUAAAUCAUUCUCUGAAGGAAGUGGCUUAGUUAUUCACAAACGAAUUCAUACAGGAGAAAAACCAUACGAGUGUGACGUCUGUGGUAGAUUAUUCGCUCAAAUCAGCCGAUUAACCAGACACAAACGCAUUCACACAGGGGAGAAACCGUAUCAGUGUGAUAUCUGUGGUAAAUCAUUUUCCUUGAUCACGACCUUAACUAAGCACAAUCAUAUUCACACAGGCGAGAAGCCGUAUCUUUGCAACAUUUGUGGUAAAUCUUUUUCUCUUCUAGGUAGCUUAACCACUCACAAACGCAGUCAUACAGGAGAGAAACCAUAUCACUGUGAUGUCUGUGGUAAAUAUUUCUCAGUAAUAAGUAACUUGACUAAACACAAACUCACUCAUACGGGAGAGAAACCACACCACUGUGAUAUCUGUAAUAAAUCAUUCUCUCAGAAAGGGCAUUUGAUUACACAUCAAUAUAUACAUACAGGAGAGAAACCAUAUCACUGUGAUAUGUGCGGGAAAUCGUUUGCUUCCAGGAGUCACUUAACAAAACACUAUCGCAUUCACACCGGUGAGAAACCGUACCGCUGCAAUAUCUGUGGUAGAUCUUUCGCUGCAAGUAACACUUUAAAUGCUCAUAGAAACACUCAUACGGGUAAGAAUUCAUGCCAUUAUGGGAGGUCGUCCUCCGUAAGAAGUGCCUUGGCUAAGCACAAAUGCAUUAAUAAUGCACGAGACAAACCGUUUCGCUGCGACGUCUGUGGGAAAUCGUUCUCUACAGGAACUAUCUUAACCACGCAUAAACGUAUUCACACUGGGGAGAGACCUUAUGAUUGCGAUAUCUGUGGUAAAUCGUUCUCGCAAAAAGAAAACUUAAUUAAUCAUAAACGUGUUCACACAGGAGAGAAGCCAUAUCGCUGUGAUAUCUGUGGUAAAUCGUUCUCUGAACGCAGCAGCUUAACUAAACACAAGCGUAUUCAUACAGGAGAGAAACCAUAUCAUUGUGAUGCCUGUAAUAAAUCAUUCUCUCAGAUAAGUCACUUAACUAAACACAAAUUCACUCAUACAGGAGAGAAACCAUUUCAUUGUGAUGCCUGUAAUAAAUCAUUCUCUCAGAUAAGUCACUUAACUAAACACAAAUUCACUCAUACGGGGAGAGAAACCAUAUCACUGAUGUCUGUGAUAAAUCAUUCUCGGAAAACUCAAAUUUGACAAGACACAAAGAUAUUCACAGAGAAGAAAGACCAUGUCACUGUUGACAUGUGUGGUAGAAUGUUCUUUAACCCUUUAGCAUUUAAACCAGGCCCAAAUAUUUCUGUUUAUUCUAUGUUGAAACUAACCAGAUCUUACCUCUCACACCUACCUUGCAAUGUCAUUUCUAAAGGUAAACUAUCAUCAUCAUCAUUGUUUAACGUCCGCUUUCCAUGCUAGCAUGGGUUGGACGAUUUGACUGAGGACUGGUGAAACCAGAUGGCUGCACCAGGCUCCAAUCUGAUCUGGCAGAGUUUCUACAGCUGGAUGCCCUUCCUAACGCCAACCACUCAGAGAGUGUAGUGGGUGCUUUUACGUGCCACCAGCACGAAGGCCAGUCAGGCGGUACUGGCAACGGCCACGCUCAAAAUGGUGUAUUUUACAUGCCACCUGCACAGGAGCCAGUCCAGCGGCACUGGCACGAUCUCGCUUGAUGAAAUCUUAAAGCUAUGAAAUAAUGCAUGAUUAAUUCUAAACAGUUUGAAUAAAUAAGCAUUACAUUUGACAGAGUAUCUGAAUAUUAAAGAAUUAAUGGAAGUACCUCAACUAAACCCACAUUUAUUCAUUACAAGACAGAAACCAUAUCACUGUGAUAAAACGUUCUCUCUGUUAAGUCUCUUCCCUUCGGACAGCUACAUUGAUAAAGGAGAGAAGCCAUAUCAAUGUAAUUCUUUCUCUCAGAAUGACUUAAGCCAGUGGCUCUCAACCGGGGUCUAUAUAAGAUUUUUGAGGAUCCAUGCAACAAAAUAGGUAAAUUGAGGAUCCAUGAUGGUAUUUUAAGGGACCCUGAAAAAAUUUUAUUUUAGCUGUAUGUAUUCUUUUCAAAUAAACAUUGGAUCAUACCAAA